UUCCGUUGCCACAAAAAGUGGUUAGUUCCAAUCGCAUUUUGUAAACAACUCCCACAGCAUUGAAUUUAUUAGUUAAAUAGUUAAAAGAAAGCAACAAAAUGGGUAAAAGGCAACAUCAGAAGGAUAAAAUGUACCUCACGUACACCGAAUGGAGUGAAUUGUACGGAGGAAAAAAAGUGGAAUCCUUGGAAAAUGACCAUGUCAAGUUCAAGCGGCUGCCCUUCGAGCAUUGCUGCAUCACCAUGGCCCCCUACGAGAUGCCCUACUGCGAUCUCCAGGGAAAUGUCUUCGAGUACGAGGCCAUUUUAAAUUUCUUGAAGACCUUCAAAAUAAAUCCCAUUACUGGCCAAAAAAUGGACUCCAAGGCUCUUGUUAAGUUGAACUUUCACAAGAAUGCCAAUGAUGAGUACCAUUGUCCGGCUCUGUUCAAGCCGUUUAGCAAGAAUUCCCAUAUCGUGGCCGUUGCCACCACGGGAAAUGUGUAUUGUUGGGAGGCCAUUGAACAGCUUAACAUUAAGACCAAAAACUGGAAGGAUCUGGUGGACGAUACACCCUUUCAGCGCAAGGACCUUAUCACCAUACAGGAUCCGCAGCGACUGGAAAAGUUCGACAUCUCAACCUUCCAUCAUAUCCGCAAAAACCUGAGGGUGCUCACCGAAGAAGAGCAGCUGGAGCGAAAGGACCCGGCCAGUGGUCGCAUUAAGACCAUGAACCUGGAAACAAAAGAGACACUGGCGCAGCUGGAAAAGGACUACCAGCCAACAGAGGAGGAGGCUUCCACGUCCAAGCGCACAGCCGAUAAGUUUAAUGCAGCUCAUUACUCCACUGGAGCUGUGGCCGCUAGUUUCACAUCUACCGCCAUGGUCCCAGUGUCCCAAAUAGAAGCUGCAAUCAUAGAUGACGAUCUGGUGAAGUACGAAAGGGUCAAGAAAAAGGGCUACGUACGCCUGAACACAAACUUGGGACCUUUAAAUCUGGAACUGUAUUGCGAUCAGACCCCGCGAGCAUGUGACAAUUUCAUCAAACACUGCGCCAAUGGCUACUACAACAAUGUUAUGUUCCACCGAUCUAUAAGGAACUUCAUCGUUCAAGGAGGUGAUCCCACGGGUAGCGGUUCGGGAGGUGAAUCCAUUUGGGGCAAGAAGUUCGAGGACGAGUUCAAGCCUAAUCUUACACACACCGGUCGUGGAGUGCUCUCCAUGGCAAACUCUGGACCGAACACCAAUGGCUCUCAAUUCUUUAUCACUUAUCGAUCCUGCAAGCACCUUGACGGCAAACACACUAUUUUCGGAAAACUGGUUGGUGGCUUGGACACCUUACAGAAGAUGGAGAACAUAGAAGUGGACAACAAGGACAGGCCCAUUGAGGAUAUUAUUAUAGAGAGCUCCCAAGUGUUUGUGAAUCCCUUUGCCGAAGCGGCCGAGCAACUGGCUAAAGAGCGGGAAGAGGAAGCAGCCAGCAAAGAGGAAACAGUCAAGAAAGCAGAACAGCAGAAGCGCCAAAAGGAGCCGUUGAAAGUCUACAGAGAAGGCGUUGGAAAGUACCUGAAACUGCAGCCCGCGACUAAGAAACCGGAGGUGCAUGUAGCAACAGCACCAGCGGUUAAGAAAAAGAAACUAGCCAGCGGCUUUGGCGACUUUUCCAGCUGGUAA